AUGUCAUGCUUCAAAGGUCCUAUGAGGGUCAUUUCGGGUCCUUGCAAUGGGUUAGAUCCUUUGUGUGACGAACCUGAAACAGCUGCAGUAAAAGCAAAAUACCCUCUCACUCACAAUCAGCAGGGUAUAUGGCUAGAGCAGUCCCUGGAUCCAUUGAGCACCCAGUUUAACCUGAUUAUGGAAUGGGACUUAUCCAAGGAGGGACAACAUUGGGAUCAAUGCACAGUCCAGGCAUUGACUGCCAUUCAAUUGUUAACGAGAAAGUACUCUGUCCUGCGGUCGACAAUUGUCGUUGAGAAUGGUACGCCAUACAUGCAAGAGUUUGAACCCUCCUCCACCUGUCCUUCAAUCCAAUUUGUCACCAAUGGAGAUGCGCAUCUGGAUACUCGCGCAAUCAUGGGCAUCUUAAGACGUGCUUUUCGUUUCCCCGAGGACUUGGCUGUGAGAUGGUGCAUCGUUCGUCUGCAGUCAGGAAUUCAGCUUUACUUAACUGCACACCACAUUGCAGUCGAUGGAGGAAGUAUGAGUCUUCUUUCCAAGGAGUUCCUUGAAAUCUAUCGAGGAGGCUCAACUACGACGGAUGACUCGACGAUGGACUUUAGCCAAGCUCACAUAGCAGAGCAAAACUGGAUGUCCAGUGACGAAUGUAAACAAGCAGCAAUGACUUGGAUGAGCCAGAUGAGCAAUACAUGCCUUACCCGGUGGUCUUUUCCGGAUGUUGCAUCGUCGGAAAGCUGCCCACGAUCGUCCAAUUCGGAUUAUCGCGGUAUAACAACAUGGGCAAAUUUCUCCAGAGCCGAAUUGUCAGCAUGGUCUGACACGUAUCGUACAUCUUGGUUUCGUGUUGCCGUAAGUAUUAUCGGGCUUCUGGUCAAUUCAUUCAGUAAACCGUCAUAUCGAAAAGAUCACGUUUUGGGUGUCGCAUUUGCUGCACGUCCGAAGGGAUUUGAAACUUCACCAGGACAAUUCGCCAGCCCGUUGCCCGUCAAAAUCCCGCUUUGGGAUUGCCUUCUGAGCGCAGAAGAUCGUCCGUCCUUGAAGGAACUUGUGACAGCCGUGUCUCGGACAUUCAGCCAGGUCAAAAAGCAUGAGAGGCUCUCUCUCCUGGACAUCGCCAAAAAUUGUCGAGAAAAUGGCAUUGAUUUCCACCCAUGUAAAGUAGCUGUCAGCUACUCUCCCAAACUGGCAGAAGACAGCUGUCGACUCUUCCCUGUUGAAGGGAACUGGGAUCUCUUUUUCGUUUUGUUGGAAAAUGACCUGGGAAUCGAACUAGGGGUGGUGUAUGAUCCUCUGAUUUUCUCCAACGACGCUAUCCUCGCAAUGAAGGAUCGCUUUCAACAGCUCGUGGGAAUCAGCUUCUCAAACCCCGAUGUCAGCCUGAAUUCACUUCCCUCUAUACCAAAGCAUGUUUCACUGCCACGCCUCGAUCCAAUUGACGAUGACCUCCCCGUAUGGAAUCUAUUUGAAUUACAUGCGACCACAAACCCCACGGCUGUCGCGUUGCUCUGUGCUGAAACUGGAGAACAAAUGACAUACGGUGAACUUUUAACAGCGUCGAAUGCCAAAGCAUCUGAAUUACGCUCGGGAAGUGUUCAUGCAGAAGUUCCAGUUCUCCUGCAUCUCCGUCGAGGGUUUCUAGUUGUUGAAUGGAUCUUGGCAGCCAUGAAAGCUGGCGGUGCAUUUGUCUAUGUGGAUCCGAAGUUACCAACGGCACGCAAGGAAUCCAUUUUGGCCACGAGCAAACCGGCUGUAUUGGUAACUGAUGACUAUCUCGAUGGGAAGGAAACCUGGUUAGCCAACUUCUCGGGACAUGUUCUCUCGAGUUCUGUAAACCCCACAAUCCCGCAGGACCACUAUCAAGAAUCAUUGUGGCCGCGAAGCAGCCCAAGCGACCUUGCUUAUAUCAUCUAUACAUCGGGCAGCACCGGUCAACCCAAAGGAGUGAUGAUCGAGCACGGCCAUUUGACCAGGUUUGUGAAAGCUAGCACGUCUACAUACAAUGUCGGUUACGGCUCUCGGGUCUUACAGUUUGCCAACUUCACAUUUGAUGCGUCCAUCUUGGAGUGGUCCACCACGCUUGUCACUGGAGCCACACUGUGCUUUGCGAAGUAUCCCCAGGCAUUGAUGGGAGACUACCUAGCCGACGUAAUCGACAAGAAUUCUAUUACAUUCAUGCAAAUCACGCCGACCGCUCUAGGAACCAUACCUGCAUCGAGAUCCUUGAAAUCUCUUUCAUGUAUCUCGCUAGGCGGCGAGCCCGUUCCUGGCCAAAUGAUACAAAAGUGGCAGGAGCAAGUGGAUGUCGUUAAUUCAUACGGUCUGACGGAAACAACCAUAGCAGUCGCAUUCAAGAAGUACAGGAAACGGCAAUCGGCAAAGAGCUUCAACUCUGUCGGCACUCCACCAGACGGGACCAGCCUAUACAUCUGUGACCCGAAAUUUACCGAGAUUCUUCCCAACGAACAUGAAGGGGAGAUCUGUAUUGCUGGCUCCCAGGUUGGUCGAGGCUAUCGCGGUCAACCGGAGCUUACGAAUCAGAAAUUCGCGUUGCAUCCCACUCUGGGCGAGCGUCUAUAUCGAACCGGUGAUCACGGAAGGAUUACCUCCACCGGAGAAUUGCAAGUCCUGGGCCGGAUUGAUCGGGAGUUGAAAGUUCGAGGUUUUCGAAUUGCGCCCGAAGAUAUCGAAGAAGCCAUGCUCUGCAGUAAUGCAGGGGUAGGUAUGGCAUCCGUCCAACAAUCCCAGGACGGUCUUGCUCUCGUUGCCUUUGUGGCGCCGUUGGAGUCGGAUACUGAAGCCUUGUUGGGAUAUUUGAGAAGCAAGCUUCCGUCAUACAUGGUUCCCUCAACGAUCCAUAAAUGCAGAUUGCUGCCGUUAAAUACAAAUGGGAAGGUUGAUCACAAGAGAGUUAAUCUCGAAUGCCGAGAUACAGUCGAGCCAGAUGCUUUGGUGACAAAGCCAUCUCAUGGGACGGCCAGCACUCCUGAUGAUGCAAAUCCAACUAAAGAUGGAAGCAGUGUGGAAAGUGAUGUGAAAAUCGUGGUUGCGGAGAUUUGGAGAGGUCUAUUAAAUCUGAGCGAAACACCUGAAUACAACAUAAACUUCUUCGAUAUUGGUGGUCAUAGCCUACUUGUUCCACGUCUUCUUGAGAAACUCAAUGUGUCAUUUCCUGGCAGUAAUCUCAGAACCGUUGAUCUGUUUCACCAGGCGACUAUUCGCGAGCAGGCGGCGCUUGUCGCUCCAGCAGCUGCGGUUCCAUCUGUCAAGCCCAAAAAUACUGCACGAAUUUUGAAUGGGGAGGAUCCAUCAGCCCAGGCAGCGCCCCCCAGGAACUCUCCAGUAAAAUCAACUGAUAUCGCUAUUGUUGGAAUUGGGGGCAGGUUCCCAGGAGCCAAAAAUCCGGAGGAAUUAUAUGCGAACCUUAUGCAGGGCCAGGUAUCAAUUCAGAGAAGCACGUCAACCUCUGCGAAGUCUCAUGUAGAUGGUUGUCUUUGGGUACCAAAGGCCGGCACACUAAGUGAGGUUGAAGAUUUCGAUUAUCGCUUUUGGAAGUUGUCCAAGGAAGAAGCGACGGAUAUGGAUCCCCAGCAACGGCUAUUCCUUGAAGUCGCCCUGGAGGCAUUGGAUGAUGCGGAACUGGAUCCCUUUCAGAGUGCACGCAACAAUAUCGGUGUUUUCGUGGGUUCGGCUCAAAAUAAAUACCAUACCUUCACCGAUCCGGUCUACGGGUCUCCCUUUGAGAGGGCAAACAGAGGUUUUGUUGCACCAUCCAUUUCUGCAAGAACCGCUUACCAUCUCAACCUUCACGGUCCUAACAUUACACUCAACACCAAUUGCGCAAGUAGCACCGUUGCGCUGUCGCUAGCAGUUGAAUCCUUGAGGAAUCAUAAAUGUGAUGCUGCCAUAGUUGGUGGAAUUUCGGUUCAAUUAUUCGAUGGUGGGUACAUCACUCAAGAGGGCCAGAUAUUUUCUUCCAAGGGUCAAUGUCGUCCUUUCGAUGCCGAGGCAGAUGGGACUGUUCCCUCGGAUGCGGUGGUUGCUCUUGUUCUCAAACGACUUCCAGAUGUUCUGAAGGAGGGAGGAGGAACGGCAUAUUCGGUUAUCUUAGGGACUGCCAUCGGCUCUGAUGGUCGGACACAGAAAGCUGGCUAUCAGGUCCCAUCGCCUCGAGGUCAGGCGGAGGUAAUAAAGAAUGCAUGGAAGGAUAGUGGAAUUCCGGUCACGCAGUUGUCAUACACUGAAUUACACGGAAGUGGAACGCCAUUCGGGGAUGCCCUCGAACUUGAAGGUCUUGGGAUGGCUCUGAGAGAGCUUGGAUACUAUUCCUAUUCUACCGAACGUCGUCGUUGCGUUGUUGGUUCAAAUAAGGGCAAUCUCGGUAAUACACAGCACGCAUCUGGCUUAGUUUCCGUGGUCAAAAUGUGCAAAUCCAUUGAACAUGGUGUCGUUCCAGCAAUCGCAUCCCUCCAAACCCUCAACCCUGUUAUUAACGAUACUAAACUUCAGUUCGAAUUCGCUACAAGCUCCUUCAAACUAAGCCCGAAGACAGUGGUAGCAGUUUCCGCCGCCGGAUGGGGAGGAGUUAAUUCUCAUAUUAUUUUGGCUACGCCAGCUCCUGAGAUCCUUCGAUCUAUUGUCACCCGGGAAAGGUUGAAACCUCGAAAGUUCAAUCGUGAGACACUUUCCGCUCCACGGAUGAAGCAAGCUUCGUUUUCAUCAAAUAAUAUCAUCCCGGAUACCGAUCUCAAAAGCAGCCGGGAUGAAACAGUUAGAGCUAUCCUUGCUCUGUGUUGUUAGUUAAAAUAACAUUCCCGAGAUGUGAAUUUGAAGGGAGUUGGAGAAGGGUCGGUUUUGGAUCUCUUUGUCUCAACAGUCAGUCUUGGGGUACCAGGAGCAGAAAUGAUGGAUGCAUCUUGGAAUUUCUAGAUGCGUUGAAGGCCUUUCCGUUUCGGUGCUCACCUCCUGCUCACUGAGUAGAUCUGAGCACGCCCUGAGCAUGAGUGAGUAAUAUGGAGCCUCAAUAAAAUGCACCCAGCUCUAAGAUGUCUUGACCAGCGAGCAGCCAGAAGCCAAUAGAGAGUCUUCGUCCUGCCCAAUAAGCAACUAUUGUACAUGCGGUGCUUGAGCCCUAACACUAAGCCACUGUGCCAAAAAGGCAACACGAAGUAGUAGUAGUAGUGUCAAGUUUAAAAAUGAAGAUGUGAUUGUAACCACCCUCCUUCUUUUCAUAGCUGAUCAUUUUUGUGGCAUCCUUGAUGGUAUUC